AUGGAGAAGGAAAGCCCCUUCUAUGCCCGUAAUGACUCUAGUGGUGCUUUCCAAGUCUGUGUCAAGAUUGAGAGAACUGUGGGUUCUUUUGGUGUGUGGGCUGGGGAUAAUCCAUUCCAAUUUAUGGUUCCUGUCACAUUGUGCCAAAUCAUUGUAACCGUAUUAGUCUCUCAAGUCAUUUACUAUCUCCUCAGGCCUAUAAAAACCCCCAAAUUCAUCUGCUACGUCAUGGGUGGCACUCUCCUGGGACCGACAGGUUUAGGGCGCAUCAGAAACGGUGCUUUAAUGGAUAUUCUGUUUCCGCUAAAACAAGCCUCGUUUUUAGUCUCAAUGUCCAAAAUAGGCGCUAUAUAUUUUGUCUUCAUCAUUACACUGAGAAUGGAUCUAAAAAUGAACUUAAAAGCAGCCAAACGUUGUUGGCGAUUUGGUGUAAUUCCCUUCUUCUGUUCUUAUUUCGUUACAGUAUUCCUCUUGAGUCUGUAUAAGCCCAAGGGUCAUAGCUCUGGCGAUGAUGCGUAUUACAUCCCCAACGUCUUCACUAUAAGUAGUUUCGCUGUCGUUUGUUCAGCAUUGACAGAACUCAACCUUUUAACUACGGAACUGGGGCAGAUUGCUUUAUCUUCAGCCAUGGUCAACGAAAUAAUGCAAUGGACAAUGAUAGGACUCGAGUUAAGCCCACCGAAGAAUUUAAUAUAUUCAUUUGUAUAUUUGAGUCUUUGCGGCUUAUUUGUUUUGAUAUGUGUUUUCAUUGUGAGACCAGUGAUGAAGAUUAUUGUUGAGAGAACACCAAUGGGGAAACCAAUCAAAGAAAUUUACGUUAUCAUGAUACUUCUUGGUGUCCCUAUUAUGUCGGCUCUUAGUGACAUGAUUGGCUUGCAUUUCAUUAUAGGACCUACCCUUUAUGGUUUGGUUAUGCCGAAUGGACCCCCUUUGGCAUCAACAAUUCUAGAGAGAAGUGAAGUUAUCAUCUCAGAAUUUCUUAUGCCUUUCUUCUACUUAUAUAUUGGCUUAAACACAGAUUUAUCUGAGAUUCAUAAGCAUAAGCAUUGGAAGGUGGCUCUAAUAUUUCAAGGUAUCUUGUUUGUGGGAUUCUUGGUAAAGGUGCUUGCAUGUGUGCUGCUUGCUCCAACAUCUAAUAUUAGGCUCAAACAUGGCUUGGUGCUUGGGCUCAUGUUGAGCGUCAGGGGCAUAGUCGAACUUAUGUUUUUUGCUAGAAUCAAGAAGUUCGGGAUUAUUGAUACAGAGGUAUUCAGUCAAAUGGUGCUCUAUGUCGUGUUUAUUACCAUGAUUUGUAUAGCCUUGAUCGACUCCUUGUAUAAGCAUCAUCCUCGUAUGUUGAAAACAAAAAGCAUACAUGAAGUGCGGGUGAGAAUGAUCCAAAACUCCCCUGAAACCUCAGAGUUUAAUAUUGUUUCUUGUGUACACAAUGAUGGAAAUGUGCAUAGCAUGAUUGCACUGCUUGAGGCAUGCAACCCAACACUAACAAGCCCCAUAAAUGUCUACGUGAUUCUACUCAUUGAGCUCUUGGGAAAAAGUACACCUAUUCUUCUUCCUAUGAAAAAGAGGAACAGAAAAUCCUUCUCUGCCAAUUACCCUAACACCAAUCACAUUUUGCGUGCCUUUGAGAACUAUUCCAACAACUCCAAUGGUCCAGUCACCAUUAUUCCAUAUGUUAAUGUGGCUCCUUACAAUAUCAUGCAUGAUGCUACUUGUGACCUCGCUGAAGAUAAGUCAGUGCGUUUGCUUAUUAUCCCAUUUCACGAAAAUGAUGAAACUCUCGGUAGCCACAUUGUUACCUCAAUUCGUGACCUCAACACUAGCUUUCAAGCUCGUGCAAGGUGCACUGUGGGGAUACUCGUGGAUAGAGAUUCGAGACUAAGUAUGAGUAGUUCCAAGUUGUGUUUUCAUCUGGGUAUCUUCUUCAUGGGUGGACAAGACGACAGAGAAGCAUUGGCAUUGGCAAUUCGAAUGUUGGAGCGACCGAAUAUGAGAGUCACCUUAUUGAGAUUUGUCUUAAAUAAUAACAACAAAAAUUCAGGUGGGGCUGUUAAGUUUAAAGGAAAUGAACAAGAGGAAAAGUUAGAGAGCAACAUGGACGAGAGUUUAAUAGAUGAAUUCAAGGCCAAGAAAAUUAAUAACGAUAAUGUUUUUUGCCAAGAGGAUGUGGUGGGAGAUUGCAUACAGGUUUUCAACGCUAUUCGGGGUUCGGAGAACGACUAUGACCUUGUGCUGGUGGGCAAGCGACAUAACAUUGGGGAUGUGACAGAUGAAGAAAUGUCAACUUUCAUGGACAAUGCGGUUCAGUUGGGAAUUUUUGGAGAUUUUUUGGCGUCCACCGAGUUUUGUGAUGGGAAAGUUCCUGUAUUGGUGAUGCAAUGCCCACCUUAUAUAUAUUUAGACUUCUAG